AUGUCUGCCCCUCAAGACGAGUAUACCCCUGGCGUCGACAGCAUCGAGGGUGUCAGCGGCGCAGACACUACUCAGAAUGAUUACAAGUCGCGCACCGGACAAAGCGAGAUUCCAGUCCAAAGCGAUGAAACUCCCGUCGAAGAUCCAAUCGACGCCAGCAAAGCCGAUUCGGACGAGCAACUAGCUCGUGAUGAUACCGAUGCCAUCGACCAGAGUAACAUCAUCGAAGAACGUACUCGUGGUGCUACCAAGAACUAUCGUGAGCCGGGAGAUGACGAAGGUCUUCCUGGUCCUGAUGACGGAACAAGCCGUGUCGCCGGUGGUCCCAAUUGA